CAGGCUGUGGGGCCCCUCGACCCCCCCAGCAAGGAACCUCAACCAAGUCAUUACUCCUACUUCAAGACCUCCAGAGCAUCUUAUCAAAAAGCUGGACUUUCGCACCAUAGCUCAAGAUGGCGCAGUCUGACUCAGUCAUCAUCUCGACGUUCAUGCGUCUUUAUGCGCCCUUGGCCAACUUGCCAAUCGCCUUGCAGAUCUUCGUGUCCCUGCUGUUGGCAACAGUAUCUUGGGUCGCAUACAAUUUCUUCCUGCGUCAUAGGGGUAUCCCAGGACCUCUGUAUGCGCGAUUGGGCAUUCCUUACUACCUCGCUUGGCGCGCUCUGAAGCUCGACUGGAUCUGGCACGUUCAAGACCUACACAACAAGUACGGGCCUGUAGUCCGAAUCACUCCGAACCAGAUUGACAUCUCGUCGCCGUCUGCCCUGCAGUCGAUUUACUCCUUCUCCGCCUCCAACUACCUCAAGCCUCGACACUUUUACGACGGUUUUGUCCUCUUCAAGGGCAAUCCCUCGAUCUUCUCUGACUGCGAUCCUCACUCCCAUGCUGCUCGCCGAAGGGUUCUGUCAGGCGCCUACGCACUCAAUUACCUUGUCAAGCUGGAAGAAUGUGUGGACCCAAUGAUCGACCUCUUGAUCAAGAGUAUGCGCAGGAAGGUCAGAAAUGGCGAGAUCUCGCAGGACAUGACACAGACGCUGCACAUGUUCGCCAUGGAUGCCGUCGGCGAAUUGGCCUUUGGCGAGCACUUUGGUUUACUGCAGAAGAUGGCAGAUCCCACACGAUUCCUGCGAGGAGCCUCGAAUCUUUCGCAGUGGGGUGGAGCCUUUGCCUACAUGCCCCCUGGUGUCAUGGGUCACGUACGCAACUUCCUGAAACGCUACUACAACGAGCCAGGACCCGAGGUCAUUGGCAUCCACACCAAGGCUCGCAUCAACCGCCGUUUUGCUCUGUUGGCUGAAGGAAAGGAGGGUGAAAGGCCCGAUAUGCUCGCCAAAUUCAUCGACGCCAAGAAUCCAGACGGGACUCGCUGCACUCCGAUGCAGGUUACCUUUAACUCUUCUUCUGUCAUUGCUGCCGGUUCGGAUACCACCGCUUUGGCGUUGGCUGCCACUUUGCGCUACCUCGUCGCCAACCCACGCUGCUACGCUAGAGUUCAAGCAGAGGUCGAUGAAGCCUUUGAGACUGGCAAGCUCAAGGAGCCAUGCAUGUACGGUACGGCAGUCAAACUCAAUUACCUCCAAGCCUGUGCCAAGGAAGCCUUACGUCUGCAUCCCCCCAUCGGCAUGUCCCUGCCCAGAGUAGUGCCAAAGGGAGGAGACGUCAUCGACGGCCGCUUCUACCCCGGCGGCACCACCGUGUCCAUCUCCGCCUAUGUCCUCCACCGCGAUCCCAAGAUCUGGGGUGCCGAUGCAAAUGAGUAUCGACCGGAGCGAUGGACCGACGGCAAGGGCGGAGAAGAGGAGCGCAAGAACCUCGAGAGGAACUUCUUCACCUUUGGUGGGGGUUCGAGGAUCUGCAUUGGAAAGAACAUCAGCUUGAUGGAAAUUACAAAGGCCCUUCCGAGGCUGCUGUGGCACUUUAACUUCAAGGCCAGUGCUCGACCCGAAGGUUGGGUGGGCAGGGACAGCGAUGGGUCGACGGGACCGGAUAUUCCCUGGUAUGUGACUUCUAGCUGGUUCCUCAAUGCUGAGCAUCUGCUCCUGGAUGUCAACCUGCGACGGCCUGAGGAAGACUUUGACGAUGAUGACUAGCCAGGGAGGGGGGUUGAUGGAUUUGUCUGUCUUCUACAAUGUCAAUGUAAUCUCUGUCCGCUUUGCCACGCUCCCGAAGAAGUGAGUCUAAUGGCACUCACUGCGCGUGUGCCUCUCAAUCAGUCUCUCCUGUCCAGGUACUCAGAACCCAGUACCACUGAUUGUCAGUCUCUGCUUCCCUUGGCGCUUA